AUGGCGCGCGGGGGCCCCAGAGGAAGUACGCCAUUGUCGCCUUGUCUAGCCUCUCACAAUAUUUACGGGGAAGAGCUGGAUCUGUGCGCGCACAACUCGACGCUAUGUGGCCUCGAGGCAGGAUGUCACAACGUGAACGGCACCUUCGUCUGCCUCUGCACCAGCGACCUCAAGCCCAAGCGGCCCCACGAGCCCUGCAGCAAGGCGCCCGUCGCACAAGGCAACGGGUACCCCCAAAACGGCCCACGGCAGCCCCACGCUGCAGGCUCCUUCACGCAUCACCAAAUAGCCGGCAUGAACCGGAACUUCACUCCCAUCGCAAAGGAGCCGCAGCCAGCGGGCGGAGCCGGAUCGGCCGGCGCGUUGCUUCCGGAUACCACAAGCCGAAGCGGGGGUACCGCUCCGCUUUUGACGGGACUGCUAGCCGUGCUGGGCACCCUGGCGCUGGCGGGCCUCGUGGUGGCGGUGCUCGUGCGACGACACCGGCGGCGGCGAGAAGCCCGGCGGGCGGCUGCCGGGUCUCUGCACAAAUGCAUGCAGCAGUACGUGACCAACCCCACCUACUACUCGUCCGCUCCGGAGACGCCGCUGCGAAAAGUACUGCAUGACGUCGAGAUAUCUCCCGACUGCAUCCGCUUCAUCGAGGAGAUCGGCGAAGGGUGCUUCGGCAAGGUCCACAAGGCGGUGUACACGCACCCUGACGGCAGUGAGGAGGACGUGGCCGUGAAAGUUCUCAAGGAAAGCGUGUCCAACGAGGCGCAGUCCGACUUCGAGCGUGAGGUCCAGAUCAUGUCCAGCUUCAAGCACGAAAACAUCCUCAAAUUGCUUGGCAUCGUCUUCAAAGAAUCCGGUUCCAUACCCUGGAUGGUGUUCGAGUUCAUGACGUACGGAGACUUGGCGGAGUUGCUCCGAGCCAACGGGUACGGCCGUGACUCGGCAACACGGAAACCACCCACUCAGCUCACUCUGACGGACCUGCCAUGGCUGGCAACGCAGAUCGCGAGCGGCAUGUGCUACCUGUCCUCCCAGCACUUCGUGCACAGAGACCUGGCCACACGGAACUGCUUGGUGGGCAACGACCUGUGCGUCAAGAUAUCUGACUUCGGCAUGUCCCGCGACAUCUACACCUGUGACUACUACAAGAUACGUGGUUCCCGCAUGCUACCUGUGCGGUGGAUGGCCCCUGAGAGCAUCAUGUAUGGCAAGUUCACCCUGGAAUCUGACGUCUGGUCCUACGGCGUUGUCCUGUGGGAAAUUUUCACCUUCGGAAAGCAGCCCUACUACGGCCACUCGAACGAGGAGGUGGUGAAGCUGAUUCUGCAGGGCAUACUGCUCAGUCCACCCGAGGAGUGUCCGCCGCACGUGUGCACCUUGAUGGCCGGCUGCUGGAAGACGGAGCCGCGCGACCGCCUCAGCUUCAGCGACAUCUACAAGCGGCUCGUGGACACACACCCGCCACCUCCGCCGCCGCAGGACGAGCAGGAGCCCCUCGAAGAAGAGCUGGACAGCGAAGACUACCUGGUUCCCAAGGCUCCGGCCACGACCCGCCACCAACCAUGGUGA